CGAGGCAGCGAGGUGCUGAUGGCCAUCUUGCGGGAGAUGGUGGCGGCGGAGGGCUCCGGCAUGUCGUGCAUGUUUGUGCCAGACAUGCGCAGGGAGGGUGAGAUGGAUAGCGCGGUGCAUCUGAAGAUCGCGGAGCUCUCACAGCUGCCCACCUCCGCGGCGGCGGCUGGGGACUACGGCAACGUGCGCUACCUCGCGCAGCAGCUGCUGGACGUCGUGCCGCAGGAGUCGUAUCAAGACCGUGUGCGGGCCUUUCGGGAGCAACUGGAGAAGCUCACGCCGGAAACAAUGAGCGACGAGGAGGACAAGCCGGAAGAGAACAAGACGUAUCAGGAGCUGCCCGGCGCCGCUGAGGGCAGCCUGGAGGUGGAGUUGCUUGUCGAGGCGCUCAGCGACUCCGACGCCAGGAUCCAGCGGAAGGCCAUGCACGCCUAUGCCUACUGGCUCGCGGCGCCCAGCCGGCUGUCCAAGCUGGAGGUGCUAGAGGGCUCUGUGAAGUCCGCUGUCUGGUCGCAAUACUUCCCGGUGAAGCAGGAGGAGGUGCACCAUCGGCACGGACAAGUGCUGGUGCUCUCGCGGCCUCAGCUGGACACCUUGGAGGAGAAGACCCUAGGGCCGCUCGUGAAGCUGCAGGAAGGUGAGAAGGGCUCCGUGCCUUUGAACUUUUUGCACAUCGUGGUGGGCCGGGACUCCUUCCCCUCCCUCACGGAUCGGAGCUUGUUCUUCAACAGCGACGAGGAGCUCAAGAAGGUGCUGAAGCAGUGCCAGGACCUCUUCUCCCGGAAGGCGGAGCUUUUGAAGUCGGCCGGCGUGGGGGAGAUCUGCGUGGCGCUGCCGCAGCCCCCGCGCCUGCCGCGCUUCGCCAAGUUCCUGCUGGACCCCACCAGCGAGGAGUGGUCAGAGAACGAGCUGAGCCGCGACAUGUGGCCCUCCUUCCCUGGCAUGUUGGAGCUGGGCACCUUGCAGCGGCUCUACACGCUGCAGCGAAUCCACAAGGAGGUCCGGCCCUCGUCCCACAUCUUCCUGGGCACUCAGCCCAUGGGGGGCAAGGCUGCGCCGGAGCUGCUCAUGCGCGCCUUGUACCUCUCUCGCAUGAGCGGGGGCUUCAGCCAGUGCAUCACCGACAGCCUGGACGUGGCGCUGGAGGAGGUGGAGCAUGCGAUGCUGGACCCCCGAGUGGCCAAGUUUGGCCCUACGGUGACGAGCCGCGUCUUCCUGCACAUGCUGGCGGAGAUGGACGGCGCUACGCUGGAGGAGAUCGAGCAAAUGUUCACCGACACCAUCAGCAGCCACGUGGGGCACCGGGGCUCGGACUUCAUCAAGCUCUGCAUCGAUGAGAUCGAAGUGAAGGUUCACCACCGCACAGGGAGCAGCCUGGAGAUCCUGAGGCUCUCGCUGUCCUCCUUGCGCGGGGGCUUUUUGAAGCCGAAGGUCUUGCGGGAGUUCCCGGACCCGGUGACGGGGUUCCCCCUGCGCUGGGAGGCGGCCAAGGAGGGCGCGGCGCUGCAGACCCAGGAGCACCCCCACGUGGCGGACCAGGCCUUGCUGAGCCAGUACCAGGCCAAGCGCGUGGCAGCGCGCCGAGCGGGCUCCACCUAUGCCUAUGACCUGCCGGGCAUGCUGCAGCUGACGCUGACCAUGAAGUGGAUCGCCGCCGGCAGCGCGUCCAAGCGAACCAGCCUCGCUCCUGAGGAAGGGGCCGCCAAUGCCUUUGGCGCGCGGCGCCGCAGCCCCUCGCCCCGGUCGCUGCGGGGUGCUCCCACGGUGCCCUCGCAGGUGCCGGAGUCCAUGCCCAAGGACCUCCUCACCGCCCGGGAGCUGGUGAUGGACUGGUCCAAGAUGGAGCUCUCCGAAACGGAGCGCCCGGAAGGCAGCAACGACCAGGGUAUGCUGGCGUGGAGGAUCACCAUGAAGACCCCGGAGUACCCAGCAGGCCGCGACAUCAUUCUGCUGGCGAACGACGUGACCUUCCAGGCCGGCUCCUUUGGGGUCAGGGAGGACCAGUUCUUCCAGAAGGCCUCGGAGCUGGCGCGGGUGCGGGGCGUGCCGCGGAUCUACGUGUCCUGCAACAGCGGCGCGCGGGUGGGCCUUGUGGAGGAGCUGAAGUCGCUCUUCAAGGUGCAGUGGCUGGACGCCUCGGACUGCGGGAAAGGCUUCGAGUAUCUCUACCUGCUCAAGGAGGACUACGAGAAGCUGCCGCCCGGAGCCGUGGAGGUCCACCAGCGGCAGGUUGCGGGAGAGGAGCGCUACGUCAUCGACGCCAUCAUCGGGGAGGGGAUGAAGAGCACCAGGGGCGGCAUCGGGGUGGAGAACCUCCAGGGCAGUGGCCUCAUCGCCGGGGAGACAAGCAGGGCCUACCAGGAGACCUUCACGCUCUCCUACAUCACCGGCCGCUCCGUGGGCAUCGGGGCCUAUCUGAACCGCUUGGGCCAGCGGAACAUCCAGAUGGUCAGCAGCCCCAUCAUCCUCACGGGCUAUGCGGCUCUCAACAAGCUUCUGGGCAAGAACGUGUACUCCUCGCAGGACCAGCUGGGCGGGCCGCAGAUCAUGGUGCCCAACGGCGUCACCCACCAGGUGGUGAGGGAUGAUCAGGAGGGCAUGUCUGCCAUCCUGGACUGGCUCAGCUUCGUGCCCAAGGACGUGAGCUGUCUGCCCCCCAUUUGCCAGCCCAGCGGCGCGGACGCCUGGGACCGGGACGUGGAGUUCGAGCCGUCGCCGCUGCCCUAUGAUCCACGAGACUUCCUGCGGGGCGUCAUUGACCACGAGGGCCGGCGCAUGCGGGGCUUCUUCGACGCGGGCUCUUGGAUCGAGUACCUCGAGGGCUGGGGCCGCACCGUGAUCACGGGCCGCGCUCGUUUGGGAGGCAUUCCAAUGGGCGUCAUCGCUGUGGAGACUCGCUCGGUGGACCGCCUGGUGCCGGCAGACCCCUCCAACGCUGAGAGCUGCGAGGUCAAGGAUACGAUGGGAGGGAAGGUGUGGUUCCCGGACAGCGCCUUCAAGACGGCGCAGGCGCUCAAGGACUUCAACCGGGGCGAGAACCUGCCAGUCAUCAUCUUCGCAAACUGGCGGGGCUUCUCUGGUGGCACCCGCGACAUGUACAACGAGAUCCUCAAGUUUGGGGCUAUGAUCGUGGACGCCCUGGUGGAGUACCGGCACCCCAUCUUCAUCUACAUCCCCAAGCACGGGGAGCUCCGGGGCGGCGCCUGGGUGGUCAUAGACCCUGCGAUCAAUCCCGAGAAGAUGGAAAUGUACGCGGACCUGGACUCCCGCGGCGGCAUCCUGGAGCCCCCGGGCAUCGUGGAGGUGAAGUUCCGGCCCCCGCAGCAGGUGGAGGCGAUGCACCGCAUCGACGAGAAGCUGCGGCAGCUGGACGCCCAGCUCCCCAAUGCCCAGGGCGACGAAAAGCAGAGCAUAGAGAAGAACAUCAAGGCCCGGGAGAAGCAGCUGCUGCCUCUGUACACCUCCGUGGCUACCACCUUCGCGGACCUCCACGACCGCACGGGGCGGAUGAAGGCCAAGGGCGUGAUCCGUGAGGGCAUCUGCUGGAAGGAUUCUCGCCGCUUCUUCUUCUGGCGCGUGAAGCGGCGGCUGUUGCAGGACUUCCUGAUCGCUCGCCUGCAGAAGGCGGAUGAGAAGCUCACCCAUGGAGCCGCGGAGGCCCUGAUCGAGAAGUGGGCAGAGGAGAGCAAGGUCGACGUCAAGAGCGACAGACAUAUGGUGGCGUGGUUGGAGGCCCAGGAUGUAGAGGCGCGAGCUGCGACUCUGAGAGAUGCCUUCCUGAAGUCGCACAUCAAGGAGCUCUACGGACAGCUCUCAGCCUCGGAGCGGGCGGGUCUGCUGGCCAGCUUGCAGGCCGUGAAGUGAACGCCCAGCGACGAAAAGCUGCGCGUGGAGCGGCGCCCUGCGCGGCGCAAAGCGCCUCGGCGGGCGAAACUCGGAGCAUCUUUGGCGCGGCUGUUC